AUGGCAGUUAUAACGAUUCAAUUCUUGCUAAUGAAAAUUUUCGAAUUUAAAUUUCAGAAAAUUUGCUUUCUUGAAAAGCCACAAGUGCGCCGGUACCGUCAUUGCAAACAUCAUAUUUCGCAAGUUCAUGAGAAAAAAACAUGUAACAAUAAACUGAAUGUUGUUUUACCCGCUAAUGGCAAUUACCUAUCCACCACUCAGCUCUUCAAUCACGCCUCACUGAAGACAGCGAAAUGGAAGGAUGUUGAUUUUGACGUUUUCUGUUUGCACAGUCGUUGGAAUAAGGACGAAAUAAUGAAGGUGCUGCGUGAAGAAACGAGAACUUUCACGAUUGUACGCGACCCCGUCGAGGUAUUUGUGUCCAUGUUCCACUUUCAGGAUCCAGUCCGAGAGUUCUACGGUGUCAAAGACAUCCACGAAAUGGUCAAUUUGAUCCAAAACACGUCGGCUUCAGCCUUAAAUAAACGCUGGCUCGGUUUUGUUGGACGCAAUCAAAUGGCGUGGGAUAUGGGUCUGUCACCCGACAUCUUUGAAGAUACCGAGACCGUGACUAAAGAAAUAGAACGGCUGGAUAGUGAGUUUGAUCUCGUGAUGGUUGCCCACCGAAUGGACGAGUCGCUCAUCCUACUGAGACACCUGCUCAAUUGGCCUCUACAAAAUGUCAUUCACCUUAAUUUAAAUCGACGAAGAGCUGAAAAACGGUUACCCUCAUUGAGUACAGAUGAAAGAAAGGUGCUUACCGCCUGGUUGGCUGCUGAUGUCCAAAUAUUUGAAUAUUUCUCUCGCCGAUUCGAUGAAAGAGUUGCACAGUUCAAUCAGCAGCAAUCCUCUUUUCUAAUGGGCAAUCUCUUCAAUUUCAAUUCGCCGAUGAAGAUCGAAACGCAGCUACUGAGAAAAGCCAAUAAAGAACUCUAUAAACGUUGUGUUCUUCAGGAGGUUGCUAAUGAAAAACUCACUGGGAAAUUUAAAGAGCACAACAACAAUAUCGUUGGGUUCAUUAUAAAUGAAGAAAAGCAGGGAUGUGACUUGUAUGCCAUGAGUGAACCGGCCUAUCUGAAGUUGUUUGAACAUUUACUACUGUCAAGAAUUUCUAACACUUCAACAUCUAAUGGAUGA